AGCUUUGCAUCAGCUCAACAGUUUCCCACUUUAUCCCAACUUUCCUAUGCUCCCGGUUGGCCAUCGCAGGGCACUCUCUCAAAGCCCUCUCCCCCCGUCCAUCUCUUAGCCCAAGCACCAUACGAUCCUUAUCCUCUCCUCUCCCACCCACGCUUCUCGCUGAGAGUCUUGCGCCGUUCCGACAUCUCUCCAUGCCACACUCUGGCCUCGAGAAAGGCCUCGAGAUUGGUCUUGCGGAGCUUAUCGAGAGUGAGAAGUGGGAUCCUGCAGAGAGUAGCAGCUCAGGUCAACUACUUGACGUCAUACAAGAUGAUUACUUUGAUUAUGAUGACCCAAACUACGACCUUGAGGCUGAAGUCCUCGAAGAUGAAUCUCCAUACCCUGAAGUCCGUUCCGCCGUCGCAAAUACAGAUGACCCCGACAUGCCUGCAGGAACACUACGAGCCUGGAUACUUGGCAUUAUCUGGGCCAUGAUUAUACCCGGCGUAAAUCAGUUCUUUUUCUUUAGAUAUCCAAAUAUUACCGUGGGCGCGCUUGUUGCUCAACUAUUAUCUUUCCCUGUGGGCCGACUGAUGGCUCGAAUAUGUCCCCGCAUCAAGAUUUUCGGGCUACCACUAAAUCCAGGACCCUUUACCAUCAAAGAGCAUGUAGUGGUCACAAUAAUGGCUGGCGUCGGUGCAGAGUCUGCUUAUGCGACCGACAUCGUAGCCGUCCAACGAAUACAUUAUAACACCGUGUACAACUUUGGUUUCCAGUUCAUGGUCGUCAUGUCUACGCAACUGAUAGGUUUCUCGAUUGGUGGUAUCGCAAAGCGGUUCCUUGUCUCGCCGCCGUCCAUGAUUUGGCCUCAGAACCUCGUUUACUGUGCACUCUUCAACACACUACAUUCCCAAGUGUAUGCCGGUAUUGGGAGUCAUGGUGGAAUGAGUCGAGAGAGGUUCUUCUUUUAUGCUUUCGCAGGUGCAACACUGUGGUACUUCCUUCCAGGAUACCUAUUCACGGCGCUUUCUGUGUUCACCUGGGUUUGCUGGAUUAAACCACACGACAUCAUCGUCAACCAACUUUUCGGCUACCAAUCUGGUCUCGGCAUGUCCCUCAUCACCUUCGACUGGACACAAAUUGCCUACAUCGGAUCCCCACUCGCAACACCUUGGUGGGCCGAAGGGAACGUUGCCAUCGGUUUCGUCCUCUUCUUUUGGAUCCUCACACCUGCCCUCCACUACACCAAUGUCUGGUACUCUCAAUACAUCCCCCUCAUGUCCCGCGAAGCCUUCGAUAACACCGGAGCCCACUACGACGUCAUGCGUAUCCUCACCUCAGAUUUCAAAUUCGACAUGGACAAGUAUAAAGCUUACAGCCCGUUAUUCCUGAGUACGACAUUCGCGGUCUCGUACGGGUUGAGUUUUGCGAGUAUAACGGCAACGAUCGUACACGUCUUUCUCUACUACCGCAAACAGAUCUACAUCCAAGCCCGUCGUUCACUCGGUGAACAACCCGACAUUCAUGCCCGACUCAUGGCACGGUACCCGCAAGUUCCGGAAUGGUGGUACAUGUGUAUAUUCAUGUCGAUGUUCGCGUUUGGAGUGGUCACAAUCGAGCUGAACGAGACUGAGAUGCCCAUAUGGGCGUUCUGUCUCGCAUUGUUGAUUAGUUUCUUUUAUAUAAUCCCGAUUGGGAUCAUCCAAGCCAUCACGAACCAGCAAAUUGGGCUGAAUGUGAUUACGGAGCUGAUCAUUGGGUAUUUGCUACCUGGGAGGCCGUUGGCGAUGAUGUUGUUCAAGACUUGGGGAUAUGUGACCAUGGCUCAAGCCCUCAUGUACACAUCUGAUUUCAAACUAGGCCACUACAUGAAGAUUCCUCCACGAACUCUCUUUUGGUCCCAAGUAAUAGCAACCUCCAUCGCAGGCACGGUCCAACUCGGCGUUCAAUCCUGGCUUUUCACACACGUCCCUGACAUGUGUAUCCCCAACCAAUCCUCCCACUUCACAUGCCCCAACACCGAAGUGUUUUACACCGCUUCUGUCGUAUGGGGAGUCGUAGGACCCAGGUUACAAUUCAGUGCAGGACAGGUGUAUAACCCUUUGCUUUAUGCGUUCCUGGUGGGCGCGGUGGCUCCGAUCGUACCUUGGUAUAUCAAUAGGCGAUAUCCUGGAGGCUGGUUCCGAUAUGUCAAUAUCCCUGUCAUGUUGAAUGGCACAGCGUGGAUACCACCAGCAACGGCUGUCAACUACGUACCUUGGACGAUCGUCGGGUUCAUCUUCCAAUACGUCGUUCGCAGACGACAUUUCGGCUGGUGGUCUAAGUACAACUGUACAUCUCUCUUUCUUCACUUCUAUGCUGUACCUUUCGAACUGACCAUUACUGUUACAUAUCGUAGACGUUUUGUCAGCGGCGUUAGAUGCAGGAACAGCUAUUGGCACAAUACUUGUUUUCUUCUGUCUACAGUUCCCUCAAAACGGCAAUAUCGGACGAAACUCGAUACAAAGCUGGUGGGGGAACACCGUUUGGCAGCGUACUGCAGACUACGCCUCGACACCAUUAAAGAAAGUCGACCCUGGCUCAGUAUUCGGGCCAUCAGAAUGGUAGCAUAUCCUCUUUACUCACUUACUAACGACUCGUUGCUUUCUCUUGCUUCUCUCGCUUUUUUGCUUUCCUCCACCCCUCCUGCUCUUCGGACUAUAUCUGUAGAUCUACACUAGCACAUUCCUGAACCACUUAAAGGCAAUUGUAUCACCAUAUGCACAGUAUCUGUACUAUUAUCUUAUCCUAGUCAUUUAUACGGCUUGUUAUGAUAUGAUAGGUUUUUCUAUUGACUUUCCCCUUCCACUGAAGUCAGCAAUGCAAUGAAGUCUCAGCAGAGCUUGCUGGAAUAUUGC